AUGGCCUAUCAAAAUCUGUUAUUCAUGUUUCUAUCUUCUCUAGUAUUAAUCUCAGUUACAAGCACGGAAAAAGCUUAUGCACUGGAAUUUGUUGUGAGCAACGAAGCGGUAGGAACACCAGGUGGUACAAAGUUUGAUACAGAAGUUGGUGCUGAAUACUGUCGUCAGACACUUGAAAAAGCUACGAAUUUCAUUUGGCAAAUCUUUGGACAAUCCAAUGAAGCCGAUAGAAAAAAUGUUCAGAGUAUUAGCAUGUUAGUGAAACCGUUCGAUGGUGUGGCAUCCCACACUGGUGACGAGAUUCAAGUGAGUGCAGAUUACAUCAAUGGUUUCUCUGGCGGAGAUAUAAAAACUGAGAUCACUGGGAUAAUCUACCAUGAACUUACGCAUGUCUGGCAGUGGGAUGGGACUCCAGGACCACGAGCACCACAGGACUUACUCGAAGGAAUUGCUGACUAUGUUAGGUUAAAGGCAAACCUUCCAGGAUCUUAUUGGGCAAAACGUGGUAGUGGUAAUCGUUGGGGUGAACGGUCUGACAUAACUGCAUACUUUCUUGAUCACUGCGACAGUCUUAAAAGUGGUUUUGUAGGGGAACUCAAUAAAAAGAUGAAAACUGGUUAUAACGAUAGCUACUUUAACGAAUUACUGGGGAAAUCCGCCACUGAACUAUUUGCAGACUACAAGGCGAAGUUUCAUUCUUGA